GAUUGCUGAAGGAGCACCCGGAGAGGGGGGUGUAUGUGAAGGGGCUGUCUCUGCACACCGUGCACAGCGUGGCCCAGUGCGAGCGGAUCAUGGAGACGGGCUGGAGAAACCGAGCAGUGGCUUACACCCUCAUGAAUAAGGAUUCUUCCCGUUCCCAUUCCAUCUUUACUGUCAAUAUGGAAAUUUACACCGUCGAUGAGCGAGGGCAGGACCACCUUAGAGCCGCAAAACUUAAUUUAGUGGAUCUGGCAGGAAGCGAGAGACAAUCCAAAACCGGAGCCACGGGGGAACGGCUUAAAGAGGCCACUAAAAUCAACCUCUCCCUCUCAGCUCUGGGCAAUGUCAUCUCAGCCCUGGUUGAUGGCAGGUGUAAGCACAUCCCUUACCGAGACUCCAAGCUGACCAGGCUGCUCCAAGACUCCCUCAGAGGGAAUACCAAGACCCUGAUGGUAGCAUGCUUAUCUCCGGCCGAUAACAACUACGACGAAAGCCUCAGUACUUUGCGCUACGCUAAUCGAGCGAAAAACAUCAAGAACAAGCCUUGUAUCAACGAGGACCCCAAGGAUGCUCUGCUGAGGGAGUAUCAGGAGGAGAUCAAGAAGCUGAAGGCUAUUCUAGCUGAAGAGAUGAGUGCCAAGAACUUGUCAGGGCUUCUACCUGCUGAGACUGCUCACCUGGCAGUGAAGCCAGCUCCCCCCCUCAAACCCCAGUUAGAUGUUGAAGCAGAGAAGCAGCUGAUCAGAGAAGAGGACGAAUUGAGACUGGCCCAACUAAAGGCCAACUAUGAAGCGGAGCAGGCGUCCCGUGCCCGCCUCGAAGAGGACAUCAGUAACCUGAGGAAUCACUAUGAUCUCAAGCUGUCUGCUCUGGAGGAGAACCUCAGGAAGGAAGCAGCUGCCAUGAGGACUAAAACUACUCCUGACCAGACACCUUUGCCUGAGGACACUGUUACUGCAGCAGAUGGAGAACCAACGUCAGCCCAGGACCCAGCAGCACCUUGGACUGUCCAAGACGCUGGUGGUGUGAGCAGAGGGAGCGCUGGAGCAGAGGUGGCCGUGGCUGCUGAGGGGGUUUCAUUGCCAGCAGACCAGCAGCAGGUGCUCGCCAGGCUGCAGAUGCUGGAGCAGCAGGUGGUCGGAGGGGAACAGGCUGCAAACAAAGACCUCAAAGAAAAGCGUCAACGCCGGAAAAAAUACGCGGACGAGCGGAGGAUGCAGCUGGUGGCCGCGCUGCAGCAAUCGAACGAGGACAGCAGCGAGUGGGUUCUGCUUAACGUCUACGACUCCAUCCAGGAGGAGGUUCGAGCCAAGAGCAAGCUUCUGGAGAAGAUGCAGAAGAAGCUGCAGGCUGCUGAGACCGAGAUCAAAGAUCUACAGUCAGAGUUUGAGCUGGAAAAGAUCGAUUACCUCAGCACCAUCCGGCGCCUGGAGAGAGACCUGAUGCUCUUCCAGCAGCUGCUGGAUCAGGUGCAGUCCCUCGUCCGGCGUGACUGUAACUACAGCAAUCUGGAGAAAAUCAAACGCCAAUCCGUCUGGGAUGAGGAAACCGGCUGCUGGAAAAUUCCAGAGCCUGUCAUUGAAAAAACCCACCUGCCCGCAGCAGUUCCAGCCCUGCCACAGCCCAAACCUGCCCGAAAGAGCCCCUCGGCCGAGAGCGGAGAGCUAACGCCCGAGGAAGACCGCUAUAAACUGGUGCUGGACCGGAGCGACAGCGAGACCAUCGCCA